UGUCAGGUCUUAAUGCAAAUGAACGUAGAGGAAACUGUCAGCUGCAUUGUGUUCAACCAAUAGAAGCACAGCUCCAUCUUGGCUGUGCUGUAGACUGCAUUACAAACAGACGAUACCACCGCUUCCAUCGCUUCGACAGCAUCCUUUCAGACAAGAGAAGUAAAAACAGAAGACAGAAAUACACUGACCCAAGAUUCAAAAGAGCAAUACAAGAAGUGGAAUCUCUAAGAAUGGCUUCCAGUCACUGGAACGAAACCACCACCUCUGUUUAUCAGUAUCUUGGUUUUCAAGUUCAAAAAAUUUACCCUUUCCAUGAUAACUGGAACACUGCCUGCUUUGUCAUUCUGCUUUUAUUUAUAUUUACUGUAGUAUCUUUAGUGGUGCUGGCUUUCCUUUAUGAAGUGCUUGACUGCUGCUGCUGUGUAAAAAACAAAACUGUGAAAGACUUGAAAAGUGAACCUAACCCUCUUAGAAGCAUGAUGGACAACAUCAGAAAACGUGACACUGAAGUGGUCUAGCUCCUACAGAAGGUGAACAAAACCUUUAAAAGCAGCUUUAGCCUCUCCGGAGAUUAAAGAAAAUUUCCCUGAGGCCAACUUUUACUAUAAAACUGACUCUGACUUUGGGUAAAAGAUUCCUAGAAGUGAAAAACAAGUGAAAUAUGUACUUUUUGUCUAUGUAUUACUCUCAUUAAAUAUAAAGUAAAACUUCAUAAAUGUGAAUUUACUCAUCUAUUUAAUGUGACACAUCGAAAAAUGAAUAAAUUAUUUCUAGAACAAAAAUAUUUCUGGAGUUCAACACUAAGCAACAAAAGUUAAACUGGAAAACAAAGCAAGGCUAAUGAUGCUAAAAUAAUCUAUACCUAAACCAUUCAUGUAAACUAAAAAAUAAUAUUUGAGUAACAAAUAUGCUAUUUCAGAUGUGUUUCUACAUCCAAAAUAAAAUUAUUCCACUUA